AUGGCGGAACGACAAUCUGGAAGAAAGAUGAAGAUACUCGGAACAGACAACCGAAAAGAAUACGUCAAUGCUGGUUUCAAAAAUUAUUUGAAGCAACACGGAAUCAUUCAUCAGACGACAAAUGCUUAUACUCCUGAGCAAAAUGGUAUGGCGGAACGUGCAAACAGGUCGAUCGUGGAACGUGCUAAGGUGCAUGUUGCACAUGGCAAAGAGCACGAGGAAGCGAUUUCUUUAUCUCCGCAAGAAUGUAUUCAAAAUGAAGCAGUAUUAAGCGAUGACGAGGAUGACAAGUUCUUUACCGACGUCUAUGAUGAAAAUUCCGAUGACACGUUCGAUGAGGAUAGUGCUGAUAUUGCUAAUGACACUGUAAUAGACAUGACCCCUGUGCUCCUACCGCGACAAUUCUCAUAUCCACCUAGGUCACAGGUGUCGAGGCGCAGCGGUCGGGAGCACAAACUCCCAGGCAAGUACAACGAUUUUAUAGUUCCACCAAAAGGUCUUCCCAGUUGCAUUCCUUCUCAGAAUUAA